AUGGCAACAAACUUCAUGUUCUUGAGAAUCAAAACCAAAACCACUUUGGUAAUCCUCUUUUGUUUUCUUUCACCUAUUGUUUCAGCAAUUUCCUUCACCAAGAUUCGACUGCCGAAAAAUGUGAACGACCCUGAGGCACUUGCAUUCAAGUUGAGAAUCCCACCGUUCUUUAUUGGUAUAGCCAACGGUAGAAUUCUGAAAUAUCUAGGCCGAACCAAUGGCUUUGUUGAGUUCGGAUUUACAACUCCUAACAGGUGGAAAUUGCAUUCUCUUAACGCCAUCAGGGAUGGCAUUGCACCACCAAUCAAAUCAGUUGUAUGUCUGCUAUGCGUUUUUCGGAUCGGAGUUUUGGGUCCUAGAGGAGGAUUGGUAACCCAACUUUCCAUUGCCGCAAAUGGUGAACCUUACCCUUUUUGCAACGGAGUCGAUGUCCAUCAACAUACUGGAAAUGUCUACUUCACUGAUGCCACCGGGGUGGCAGUCGAUGAAGAAGAAAAAAUUGUCAUGGUUACCGAGUUCACUGCGAACCGGACUCGAAAGUUUACACUUCAGGGUGGCAGAUCCAUCAUCGCAACCAUACAGCCAACACCAGAUAACAUUAAGAGGACGCGAUUAAACAAGUUCGGGGUAGCGGCCGCAAGGGUAGAUCCACGAAUAGAUUCGGGUUUGUUGCCAACUGGAGUAAGGAUCAAUGGAAAUGGCACUGUUUUAGAAACAGUUAAUCCUGAGAGAUGGUAUGGAAAUAAAUCAGGGUUUGAAGUUCAAGAGUUUGGUACUAAGCUUUAUAUAGUAUCAAGAUUAGAGGAUUUCAUUGGUGUUUUAUUAAAGCAUUAA